GGAUUACACCUUGAAAGUGGGAGCGGCGUGGCAGCGAUGUGAUGUGGAUGGAGAUGACACGAGAAAAAGAUAUUUAUUUAUGCGUAUAAAUAGAGCGAGGUUGUUUUAUAGAAGAUGAUGAUAACGAUAAUUUCAUAAUGUAUCUCUCUUGCUCCAAUUAAAGUUUAUUUUUUUCUCUCUUCAUCGUGAGCUCACAGGAGCUUGAUUUUCAGAUGAGUUUGGCUUGUAUGGAAAGCUCGGAAGAGGGUGGAGGGCAUUCAGAGCCACCUGAUCCCGAUGUUCUCGAAAUUGAUUCUACUUCUCGUUACAUCAAGGGCAUUUGAUGAGGUUAAUGGAAUUGAAGUGGCAUGGGGACAGGUUCAGAUUGACGAGGUGUUACAGUCACCAGAUGACUUAGAUAGGCUAUACUCGGAAAUGCAUCUCUUAAAAUCGCUGAGGCAUAAUAACAUAGUAAGAUUCUAUAAUUCUUGGAUUGAUGACAAGCGCAGGACAGUUAAUAUGAUUACUGAGUUGUUUACUUCGGGUAGCCUCAAACAGUAUCGUAAAAAACACAAGAAGGUUGACUUGAAGGCUGUCAGAGGAUGGGCGAAACAGAUUCUAAUGGGUUUAAACUACCUUCAUACUCACAACCCGCCGAUUAUACAUAGGGACUUGAAAUGUGAUAACAUAUUUAUUAAUGGUCACCAAGGAGAAGUUAAAAUUGGAGAUUUAGGGCUGGCGACGUUCUUGAUGCAGGCUAAUGCCAAGACUGUUAUAGGAACUCCGGAGUUUAUGGCACCCGAAAUGUAUGAUGAAAAUUACAACGAAUUAGCUGACAUAUAUUCAUUUGGUAUGUGCAUGCUUGAGUUGGUUACUGCCGAGUAUCCUUAUAGUGAAUGCAGAAACUCAGCGCAGAUAUACAAGAAAGUUUCAUCUGGUAUAAAGCCUGCUGCUCUUUCUAAAGUGAUAGAUCCAAAGAUAAAAUCAUUUAUUGAAAAAUGUAUUGUUCCAGCAUCCGAAAGAUUGUCGGCAAAGGAGCUUCUGAUGGACCCCUUUGUUCAAGUGAAUGGUUCAACAAAGAACAUUUCUCUUCCAUUGCCAGAUAUUGUUCUUCCCAAAUUGGGAGCCUCUAAAAACAGAUGUAUGAUGUCAGAAGGUCCUGCUAGUGCACGUAUUGGGGCCAUUUCUAUGGAUAUUGGUGACACUAACGAGCUACCUGUGAUCACUGUACUUGAUAAUUCCACUGUUGAUGCAUCAAGUUCUGCGUGUGUUGAGAUAAGAAGGUUGAAGGGAGGCGAUACCUUCUUUCUAAAAGGUGGUCUAAAUGAUGAGAAUUCUGUAUCAUUGGUUCUGCGGAUAGCUGAUCAGAGGGGACAAGCAAAAUAUAUCCAUUUCAUCUUCUACCUUGACAGUGAUACUGCUGUCUCAGUUUCAAAGGAAAUGGUUGAGCAACUUGAACUUGCUGAUCAGAAUGUAAAAUUCAUAGCUGAGUUAAUCGAUUUGUUAUUGAUAAAAUUGGUUCCUGAAUGGAAACCUUGUGUAGCAAUUGAUCAUUUGGUUUCUGCAAAUGAUAAAUGGACUAGUGCUAGCCAACAGACAGACUCAGAGUUGGCUAAAAACAACGGAAGCUCAAAACAUUAUACUGAAGAUGCAGGCCCCUCAACCUCAUUCGGAAGAUCUUCCGCGAAAGAGAACGUUGACAAUAUGGAUUUAUAUUCUGAGAUGUCAUAUGCUUCUGCAACAUCAGACAUCAAUGAUAAGUUGUCUAUGGUUUCAUUUAUGUCUGCUGAAUUAUUGGGAUUCGGUGGAGGUAGUCGGAGCUCGUUUGCAUCUGAAAUUGGGGCAUCAUCUGAUCAUGUGAGCAAGUUUUUACACACGGGGAGCAACAGUAUGGCGAGCUUAUCAAGUUAUCCCAUUAGUGUUUCCUCCUUGUCCUACCCUGAUGAUGAGUUGAGAGUAGAGUUAGAAAUGAUUGAACAGAAAUAUGAAGAGGCAAUUAGAGAUUUAUCCAAAAGAAGAAACCUGGCCAUCGAGGAGAUUAAAAAAAGAAUGUCAGAUAAGAUGGUAUCAUAGAAUGAUUUCAGUAGUAUUUUUUCUUUCUGUUUUAUGAGUACAAAAUUUACUUCUUUCUUUAUGUUGGGAGGCGUAAAAGAAUUUACUAGUCUUUUUAAUAGUUGCCUUUUACGUCCCCUGCUCUCUUCAUACCCGUGAAGAGACAAGCUAGUGUAAAUAUGCAGCCGUGGAGGAAAAUGUUCUUUUAUUGUGACAAGGUGUUUUGCACUUUUGCUUUUGGAAUGGUUUAUUGAAAUUAUUUUUGACACUAUCCAACAACUGUAUAUGAUUCUUACAAAAUUCGUUUUACUUUA